AGAGGCGGGCUGGGUGAGUGGAGUCGGACCGUGGGUGGAUGCCCUGACUGCCUGACGGUUGCGCAGGGGCCUGCAGGACCGCUGGGGAGGAUGUUGUUAACGUAAAGAGCCAGGUUGAUGAGGAAGGUUCAUGAGUCCUUUGGGUAUAAGCGGGAGUUGGGGCGGCCGGAGGGCAGAUGACUCUGAGAAGGGCAAGCACUUUCAGCUUAUAAGCCCAACCAGAUGAGUUGUCUGCAGUUUUGGAGGCCUUCAAAGCAUUUCACUAGACCUCUGUCUGUAUCGGUCCAAUGUCUUUAGCCAAGCUUUGAUUAAAGAUGACUUCCUUGUUUGCUCAAGAAAUUCGCCUUUCUAAAAGACAUGAAGAAAUAGUAUCACAAAGAUUAAUGUUACUUCAACAAAUGGAGAAUAAAUUGGGUGAUCAACAUACAGAAAAGGCAUCUCAACUCCAAACAGUUGAGACUGCUUUUAAAAGGAACCUUAGUCUUUUAAAGGAUAUAGAAGCAGCAGAAAAGUCACUACAGACCAGGAUUCACCCACUUCCACGGCCUGAGGUGGUUUCUCUUGAGACUCGUUACUGGGCAUCAGUAGAAGAAUAUAUUCCCAAAUGGGAACAGUUUCUUUUAGGAAGAGUACCAUAUCCUUUUGCUGUUGAAAAUCAAAAUGAAGCAGAAAAUACCAUUCAAAAUGAGGCAUAGCGAUGACUUCUUCACGUGCUAUUUCAAAAAGCCUGUUUAAUAAAGCGAAUGUUAAGGUGUAUGUAGGUUAUUGCAGGAACUUUAGGAAUUAAAUAUGUUUAUAUUCUUCCAUUAUCUCCUAAGUGACAGUGAAGAUAUGAGAAUUUACUGGCAAGUCUCAUGUUAUCACCUACUACUAUUUCAAGGUCAUGAAUUUGCUUUCCUCCAAACCCAUAGACGUGUUAAACACUAAUAUUAAAAGGUGGAUUCUUUAUUAAUUAAAUUAUUGUCAGUGUUGUGUGUGUGUUGUUUAAAAAAAAAAAAAAAAAUUUACAAUCAUUCUCCUCUAAGCAGGUAUCUUGGCUCUGGUUUUAAGUUUUUUAGAAUCCUUACUUUUUAGGGACAACAUAUAGGAUCAACAUGGUUCUUUUUUUUUUUUUUUUAACCAUUAUUGUUUCUUUUAACAAAUUAAAAGACAGUGACACCUAAAAUAAACUGCUUUAGUAAAAUAACGUAUGAGAAAAUAAAUUCAUAAGAUUUUGUCCCUCACAGAUAACCAAACUUCUAAAAGUUCUGGAGACAGAAAGAACUGAACUAUAAAACAGUCAAUAAGUAGCCAGUUUCAGGAAGACUCAGACUUGGUUUGAAAAAGGAUGUCUUUUAGAGCUGGGAAUGGUUAUUGGAUUUUAACUUGGUUAUUUAAGGAUUGCCAACCUUGUGAAUGCACAUAACCCCACUCUUGUCUUUUCAUCUUUAAACUUUCCCUUCCCGCUUCCUUCUGUUUUCAUUAUUCCUGAAAAAACUGUCAGUCAGAAAGCGUUGGGUCACAACCCUAAACAGCUUUGAGAUUCCUCAGUCCACCACUGCUUGAUCAC